AUGGCAGACGACGAGAAAAAGCGGACGCAGGAAGCCUCUGAGACAAAUUUUACAACCAGAGGCGGCAGACAGGACGAGACGUCCGGCGCGGGCGAGACGUCCGGCGCCGGCAAGCCGCAGACCUCGCCGUGCAAGAGAGGCCCCGGGACGAUGGGCGCCCCCGCGGCUCCGGCGGCCGAUGACGCCGCGACGGUCGUCGGUCCUCCGUCGCCGGCGUCCUCGCUCCCCGGCGACGUGAUUGAAAAGAUCCUCACGGCCCUGGUCCAACACGCCCCCUUCGACACGGCGAGCGAGGCGGGGCGAGCGCUCCUCGGGUGCGGCCUGGUGAGCAAGGAAUGGCAGGAGGCCUCCGCCAAGGACUCGGUCUGGCGCGCGCUCUUCCUGCGGUGCUCGCCGGCGCACGUCCGCGCCCGCGACGGCCCGCUCCCGGCGCCGGAAACCGCGCCGUCUAGGGAGGAAGUGGUUCCUAUGGACGAGGAGGACCGCGGCGAGGAGACGGCCGCGUCGUUGCUGCGGCGCAGCCGCUACUUCGCGGACUCCAUCGUCUCGCCCUUCCGGGUGCCGGUCCCGCCGACGGGGUGCUCCUUCCGCGCGCUCUUCCGCUCGCGGUGCCUCGCCGGCCGGCGCGCGGCGGCCGCGUACCGCAUCAGCGGGAAGAUGCCCGCGGAGAGCGGUGGUGAGCACUACGAGAGGGAGAAGUUCACGUGCGCGACGGUGGUCCAGGAGGGCAAGACGCCCUAUGCAGAGCUGAGCGCCGGCGCGAGAGCGCACCCGCUCUCCGACAUCUCGUUCAUCUUCGAGCUGUUCGAGGUCGACAAGAGCCGGCGCCGCCGCGACAAGGACCGCGAGUACUGGAAGGAGCACCCUCGCCCGGGCGAGGACCUCGGGGAGGAGCAGCGCGACUUCGUCACGGACGAGCUCCGGCACGCCUUCGCCGGUCCGCCGCAUUUCGCCAUUCGGGGCCCUCCGCCCCAUCUCGACGCCCCCACCGACCUCGGCGACGAGACGGAAAAUCUGCUCUGGGCGGCGACGGUGCGCGCGAGCGAAGAUGGCAUCGUGCAAGCGCUGCUGCCGCUCGACGACCGCGGCCGCGUCAUGCGCACGCACUCGGUCCCGAUCGACACGUACAUGGACGAUUACACGUCCGAGUGGUGCCGGCCCUGGCGGCUGGUAGUGACCGCCGUGCGCGACAACGACGGGAAAAUGUGUCAGAUCGUGGACGUGCGCGGGUCGAAGCUGCCCGACCCGCGUCCCGAGGGUCGCCACACGAUCCACUUUCCAGAGGCCCUGAUGGACGCCACAGGUCCAAACGGGCCACACGACGGCUUCUACGAGUACGGCGCAGACACGUGCACGGGUUUGUGCUUUUUUCGCGUCGCGCCCCUGGGGGGUGACUCGGAAAGCCUCGAGUGUCGGCUCCACUUGGGCUGCAGCGCGAACAGCGGCCCGAAGUGGCAGGGCGUCGCGCACCGGUGGGACCACGACUGCAACGUGCUUUGUGCGGAGUCGUGCGCUCGCGCGCGCGCGAGGGGAGAAGCGGGACCCUACGUCUACGGGGGCCGGGACAACGAGCCGACGUCCGAAGACGAGGGCGACGAUUCCGAGACCGUGGGUGGCGGGUCGGCCGAGGUUACCGCUCGCCAGGCGUUCCAGGAGUUCCGGCGUAUCGUGCCCCAGUCCAUGGGCGCGCUCUUCCAGGUCUCGCUCACGUGGCUCGAAUACCGCUACCGCCACAACGAGUUAGACGCGAACGUCGAACAUAGCUACGGCAGCACGACGGCGCGGCGCGCUCAAGUUUGGGCCGCCGACGACAGCGGGGAUCUCGUGGACAUGUACGACGAGGCCAUCGACUUCCACCUGACGAAGGUCGCGGGCAAGCUCGCGCAGCUGAACUGGACGUGA